CUGGGUGUUCGGAUUUAUAUGUCACUUAGUAUAUUUGUCUAUAUACUUUUGUCCAUGUAUGUAAUCUUGGAUGGAUUUUAAAAUAAUAUAUUGACAGAAGCAAAUUAAGUGAAAUUUGCGGUAGAGAACUGUAGUGGAGCCAGUAUUAAUAAACUACGAUAAAAACGAAACCUCCAGUGAACGAAGCUCUUGGCGAGAUAAUAAUAAAGGAUUUAGUCCGAAACACACGAGCCGAGAACGCAGCAGCGGUCCCAGCGCAAACAACAGUUGGAGCACCUCGAGUCCCCCGAAGGAAACAAACGAGAACGACACCUGGAACGACACGACAACCCCCGCUACGGGUAACUGGAAGCCCCUUCCUGUUUCGCAGAACAACUUCGAUCGGCCCAAGGGCAGGUUCGAAAAAAGAGAUGGUUUCGCCAAACCUCGCGAUCGACCGGAAAGGGGUGGAUUUAGGGACGAUCGUGAGGGAGGCUUCAGGAGCGACCGACAAGAUGGUGGCUUCAAGAAAAGAGCUGGCUAUAAGAGGGAUGCUGAUAUCAGUUCCAGUGAAUCUGAAAAGAGCUUCCAGAAAGGCCCUAGAAGCAGUUCACGUAACGAUAGAGGUGGUGGAGGCGACAACCGCUUCAGAAGAAAUGACACUGGAGGAGGCUUUGGUGGCAAGCAACGUGAUGGAGGUGGUUUUAACAACCGCCAUCGGCCUACAAGUCCCGUAAGCGAAGCGUCUUGGAAUGUAAGCACAGUGACUGCAGCUACAGAUGCUGCUCCAGCGACUGCAAAGUUCAAGGCUAUAGAUGUCGUCGGUACAGAGUCCAAUGUAGCUAUCAGCUGGUUCCAUAAUCCAGCACAUUUCUAUUGUCAACUGAUCGACUGUCAGGCGCAGUUCAAAAAGCUUAUGGAAGAAAUCCAACUGUUCUACAAAGGGCGGAACUCCGAAUCCUCUGUGGCUGGUGCUCCCGUCAUUGGUCUAUUUCCUGAAGAUAACGUUCUAUACAGGGCUCAAGUACUUGAAGUUAUCGGCAACCAGUAUAAGGUAUUUUACGUUGAUUUCGGAAACGUAUCAACAAUAAACGAAGUUUGGCCCAUUGAAAAAAAGUUUAUGGAACUACCUGCGCAAGCACUAGUGUGUAGUCUACAUGGUUUGAAGCCAGCUGGUGAUUCGUGGCUAGAUCCUGACACCUAUAGUAUAUAUUUUGAUAAAGAUACUUAUAUAUGCCGAUUUAUAGAUAAGGACGAAUCAAAAGUCUUUGUAAACUUGUUUUAUAAUAACGAAGACAUUGCUCAAACGUUGGUGUCUGAUGGUUUGGCUAUCAGCACUCGAGCUCCUGUUCAGGAUGUAGAGAUAAAUGUACUUGUAGGUCAACAAUUUAGAGCAACUGUGAAGAGUGUUAAUAAUCUCAGUGAUAUCAUCAUUGCUCUCGGAUGUGGAUUGGCUCUAAGUUGUACCAUGCAUAAUCUGGAAACAGCAACUGAGACGUUUGAGAACGUAUUGAAAGGUCUUCUGGAACAGACUGUGAUUGUAUAUGUUGAUAAUAUUAUAGAUGAUAAGUUAGAAGUAACAUUAUACGAUAGCCAAGGAUGCAAGCUGGUAAUACUCAAUCCGGAUGAAGGAUCAUAUGAAACCGUCGACGCUAUUUGUCCAAUGUUGGUCCUUCGGUCUACCAUUUCAGGCGGCGUUACUCACGCUGAAGAAGGGACCGUGUUCAUUCAACCAAACGAAUAUGCUGACUCGGUAGCUUACCUUUUGCAGGAGUUGUUUGAACACUAUGAGAAUCUCACCGAAGAGAAUACGAUCAUUCCCGAAAUAGAUCAGAUAUGCGCCAUUCAUAGUGAAGAUGGCAAUUGGUAUAGAGGAAAGGUAUUGGAGUUUGAUGAUGAUAUGGUCAUCGUUCAAUACAUUGAUUAUGGAAACAGAGAAACGAUCGGAUUCGCACAACUGAGGGAGUUGGAUCUCAAAUUCAAGGAGAUGUGCGCCUUAAGCUUGCAGAUCACAUGCAACGCAGAUGGUGCUUCCCUAAUCGACAAAGAUGUCACGGCAACGAUCUUCUACGGUGACAACGGCUGGGAGGGCACUGUUACCCCUCUGACUCCCCUUGGAAUCACCCCCUCCACAACUACAACGUCUGAUACUGGUUUCGGUACAGCUAGUCAUGAUAACGUGGAGGUGACGCAACCCGCUGCUGCUGCUGCUCCUCCUCAGGAAGAGGCGAAGCAGGCCAAUGGCACAAAGAUUUUUAUGAGUCACAUUGAUUCUCCGAACGAUUUCUAUGUGCAACUGAGCGAGUCUUUGAGCGCCAUCGAGCAGUUGCAAGCCGACCUUCAGGAGGUGGUAAAAACUGCUGCAGACCUGGAAACUCCAACUGCUGGCGUUCUCUGUGCAGCUCCAUAUUCAAUAGAUGGCGAAUGGUACAGGGCGGAAGUGUUGGAUGCUGACGAUGACAUUACUUCCGUCAGAUUCAUCGAUUUCGGCAAUACUGAUGUAUACAAUAAUAGCUCAACGAAGAUGAAAUCCUUGCCUUCAAAUCUGCUGACUCUGGCUGUGUACGCUACAAGGUGUACCCUAAACAUCCUACCACCAGAUGGCGAAUGGAGCACUGCGGCUAACAACCGAUUCGAAGAACUGACUUGUGUUGAUGAUCUUACCGCUGAGUUUUUAGAUCAAGAUGAAAAGAAAAAUUACGUCGAAUUGUAUGCGAAUGGGAAAAAUGUCAAGGAUAUUCUUAUCCAGGAGAAUUUGGCGGUUCCUGUCACCCAAUCAGCAGAAACUAAAGUUACCGGAUUUGUCAGCCAUCAGAACUCACCAUCUGAGUUUUGGAUGCAACUGGAAAAUUGUGUCGAUGAAUUAGAAUGGAUAGCCGAACAACUUUCAACUGCUGAUACAUUCCCAGAAGUAGAAGAUCACUCACCAGGUACUUUAUGCGCUGCGCUCUUUCCCGACGACAUGAUGUGGUACCGAGCCAGAGUACUUUCCAACACAGUGGCGGGAGUUGAACUGUUGUUCAUAGAUUACGGAAAUUCAUGCGCCAGCGACGGUACUGCAUUGAGGAAAUUACCCGAAGAACUCUCGAUGACGCCUCCACUGGCACAAAAGUGCGCCCUAAAGAAACCUGAGGGACUCCAACAGUGGUCAAAGAGGAUGACGGCUAAGUUCGCAGAGAUAUCCGCAGAAGGUCAAGCAAUAUUCACUGUCAAAAAAUUGAGUACCGGUGAAACGUCAAUUGUGGAACUUUUCCUAGAUGGUAAAGACGUAUCGUCUUUGCUGCUACCAGAGACUGAAACUGGUAAUGUAAAAGACUUUGUGAGCCUGGACAACUUCCAUAUUGAAAAGAACGGUGAAGUGCUUCCAGAAACCUAUAGGCUUGAGGAAGUGAGUGGCGCUAGCUGGAGUGAGGAUUCACUGGAAAAGUUCAAAUAUAUUAACAAAGAAGGUAUCACUACCUUCCAAAUAGAAUUUCUACCAGACAACACCGUCUGCUUAUACCUGAACGGAAGGGACAUCAAAUGCGACUUGGUGCCUCCUAAAUCACCACAGAAAGUAUCCGCAGCAAGCCCAGUAAAAGAAGCAGCCACCACUAAGGAAACUGAUGAAAUGUUAUCAGUAGAGAAGUCCGCCGAAGACAAAGUUGACACUGAAUCGCCAGAUAAACCCAAAAAUUAUAAUGAGAAUAACAUUGACAUGGAACCGUUGUCCAAAUCGGAUGGACAAGAUACAGAGGAGCCUAAGGAUGGAGUUGUGGAGUCUCAUGUUUCUGCGGAAGCAAAUGAGCUCCAUACUGAAGCGCCUGAGAAGCCCAGUAAACUAACUGAAACCCAUACUGAGGUUUCUGAAACAGCUAACGAACUAGACGCUGAUAUUAAAUCUACUGUGGAAUCCAGUGAGCCAAGUGAGGCUUAUACUGGCAUACCUGAAAAUGUCAGUGAGUUAGGGGCUGAUAAGGCUUCUGAGAAGCGCAGUGGGAUAGUGGAAGCUGAUGCCGAGGCGUCUGAAAAAUUCAGCGAGCCAAGUAAAGCUCAACCUGAAGUAUCAGAGACCACAGAAGUAGAGGAAGAUAUGGCGCCUGAGAAACCUAAUGAGCUAAGUGUGGCUCAAAGAGAGGUAUCAGAGACUACAGAAGUAGAAGCAGAUAUGGCGCUUGAGAAACCUAAUGAGCUAAGUGAGGCUCAAAGCGAGGUAUCAGAGACAACAGAAGUAGAGGCAGAUAUGGCGCUUGAGAAACCUAAUGAGCUAAGUGAGGCUCAAAGCGAGGUAUCAGAGACUACAGAAGUAGAGGCAGAUAUGGCGCCUGAGAAACCUAAUGAGCUAAGUGAGGCUCAAAGCGAUGUAUCAGAGACUACAGAAGUAGAGGCAGAUAUGGCGCUUGAGAAACCUAAUGAGCUAAGUGAGGCUCAAAUUGAGGUAUCUGCCAAAGCCAAUCAUUUAGGCACUGAUACUGAGGCACCCGAGACGUCCAAUGGAUCGGGUAAAUCUCAUUCCAAGGCAUCUGAAAAAUCUAAUGACCUGAGUGAGACUGAUACUGAGACACCUGAGAAACCAGUGGAGGGUGGUGUCUCAAAAAAUGAAACGCCCAAAGAACUGGUGAAGGGGCAUGUUAAGGAUAUUAAAGGCCUCAACAAUUUCCGGAUUGAAAUAGACGGAGAGACUCCUAAUGAGACUUAUAAACUGGAAAAGCCUGAAGGAUCACUUCUGAAGGAAGAGUAUGCUUCCGAGAUAUUCAAAGAAUAUUGUGAAGAAGGAGUACUUGAAGUGGAAUUCUUGCAAGAAAACACUGUCCGCUUGUAUUUCGACGGUCUAGAUAUCGCAAAUCUUCUGAUGCAUGAUCUAAUGGAAGAACUUGGGGAUACAUCAUCAGCAAUCGAGCAACGACAAGAUGGCACUAUUUCCAACUCAUCAAACGAAAUAGCGGAAGAAACUAGCAAAAAGAUACUUCCUGACGAGACUAUUCUAGAUACUGAUAGCGCAAAACAAAUGACUCCUGAAAGACCAUCAUGUCUUGACAUGGAUGAGCAAACAGAAUAUUUGGAUACUCAAACGAAUCCAGACAUAGAAACAAAAACAGAUGACCUUACUGUCGAUGCGAUUUCUGAUAUACAAACAAAUGUAGAAGAUUCUGAAGAGAAGAUCAGAAAUCGCAGCUUAGCCUCAACUGCAAACCUUUUAACAGAGUCAAAUAAUCUUGAGACGUCCAAAGAACCAUGUAAAGUUGAUUUCAGUGAUACUGGCAAAAUUCAAUCAAUAGACAAUCGAAAAUUAGCAUUAAACUGCGAUGAAAGGAUUUGGCCUGCCCCUCGGUCAGCAUCUGAGACGCCUGGAAGUGGGGAAGCGGCGGAAAAGAAAAUUGUGACAAGUGCAUGCUCGGAAAUACUAUCGGACCGUGAAGCAUUUCUAGAUACACAGAAUAGUGAAAGCGCGAAAAUCUGUAGUGAGAGUAUAAUCAAGCACAGUGAAUUAUAUUGUGAUCUUAACGAACGUGAGGAAGAGGCUACACCUGCAGUUGAGGAUACAACUGCCCUUGUUCCUGCAUCGAAAGAAUUUUGCGAGUUAACCAGAGAACUGUCAGAGGUACAAGACGUUAGUGAAGUUCAAUCAGCAGAACAAAAAGAAGUCACACCUCAGACAAUUAACACAACCACAGCUAGUGAUAGUGGAAGAAGAUUGCCUCCAAAUGAGGAAGAUGAGUGGGAUAACAGUGGUUUUAAAACUUCAACUGGGGAUAAGGAAACAAGGCCAGCAAAUGUAUUGCAUUACAUGUAUAAUAGGGAUAUUAAAACAGUUGAAAAUGAAGGUCUUUAUCCAACAGCCCAACAAAAAGAAGUCUCAACUCAGACACCAAACACAUCUGCAAAUAGCGAUAAUGAUUUUCAACCUUUUCAGCCGAUUCUUAGAACAUUUCCAGGGACGCCCUUGAAAGAUGUGUUGCCUGGAUGUUUGUGUAGCUCUGUGACAACUGCAGCUGGAGAAAUUACGGAAACGGAUGUGGCGAGUUCAAACGAAACAUGUGACCCUGAAGCCAGGCCAGGAGACCAAUCAGGCACCAAAGCAUUGAGUCAUACUACAAAGGAAAAUACGGAGAUAAGGUCGAUAGCAAAUAUUCUGGAUUACGGGGAUGAUAGGAAUAUCGGAACUUUUGAAAAUGAAGAUCUUGAUCAACCAGCAGAACAAAAAGAAGUCGCACCUCAGACAGUAAACACGACUACAGGUAGUGAUAGUGGUAGAAGAAUGCCACCAAAUGUGUUGGAUUUCUUGGAUAACAGGGAUAAUAUCAAAACAGUCGAAAAUGAAGGUAUUCAUCAAACAGCAAAACAAAACGAAGUCAUAGCUCAGACAGCUAUGCCAGGAGACCAAUCAGGCACCAGGGCGUUGAGUCAUACUACAAAGGAAGAUACGAAGAAACGGUUGAGAGCAAAUAUACUGGAUCACGGUGAUGAUAGGAAUAUCGAAACUGUUGGAAAUGAAGAUAUUGAUCAACCAGCAGAACAAAAAGAAGUCCCAGUUCAGUCAGUAAAUACAACCGCAGCCAGUGAUACAACUGCUACAAAGAAUACAACUGAAGAACAGUUUAAGGAAGAAGAUGAUUCUGAACAAGUUACUUCCAACAGCUAUUUGAAAGCAGCUCUAACAGAUACGACGAAAUCUGUGGUUUGUGAUGAAAUUCAAUCAGCGGAAAUUGAAAAACGAAGAAGUAGAGCUUCGCUUGAUCAUGAUGAAAAGAUUAUUCCUGGUUACUUUUCAAGACCUCAGAUAUUUGAAACGGUAGAAACAAAAGAUUUGGAGACUGAAUCUCUCAGCGAAACGUUAGAUGUAUCUACUGAUGUUAAGACCAUAGAAGGUGUUUUAAAAGGUGGAGUCAAAACAGAAGUUACAAAUGAUACUACAGACCUAACCAAAAUCGAAGAUUCAAAUGAAGAAAUACAGUUAAAAAAUAGAUCACUGAACGUCAUUUGAAAUAACUACCUAAUAGUGGAUGCCCAACUUGAACUACAAAAGAUGGUGACAGUAUUGACGCAUCAACGAAUCGUAUUAAAGAAACAAGAAUCAGGGGAAAACUUUGAUAAUUUUGGAUAUUCAUAAGAAUGUUCACCAAUUAUGUUUUUUACUUAUAACUGGUCAAACGAAUUUUAAUCUUAAGACAGGUAUUUAUGCCACCCCACUACAAAACAUACAUACAUACUUUCAUCAUAACCCAUUUUUAUGCGAAUUUUUUCUUAUGAAUUUCCGAAAUACGAAAGACAUGGUAAUAAGAAAGGGUGUUCUUCAAUUUUUUAGGAAACAUUUUUUGAUAAAAUAUUGCCGAAAAUAACAUAUUUUUCAAAAAAAAACAAAAAAUGGAAAAACAACCCCUUCUCUUUCGUGUUUCCACAUAUCUUCGUUAGCUUAAAAAUUAAGUUAUACGAUACUUACAAUUUUUUCACAAAAAAAUUACAUUUUUAAAAAGUUUCUAAGUCCUACUCAAACUUCUUUAUAUCUCAACAAAUGAGUGAGUUAUGAUGGAACUGCUACUGAAUGUUAUGUUUCACAUACGUAUUGAUUGUUGUAUAUGAGAUAUCAUUUAGAAUCAUGAAAUAUAUCUUGUGAAAAUGAAAAACAGUUAUGGAUUUCACAAUUCUAUCGCUUCAUUGUUUAUGAUGCUACAUUUCGCAUUUUCAGUUUCUUUGCCUUUUGAAUCACGAUGUUUUGAUUGAAGUGAAACUACUGAUUAUCUUUGAAUAUUAAAGUAAUCAAUGAAAACGUCAUGACUCAAUAUUAGCCUAAGGUUAUGACCUCUGAAUAGGGUUGCAGUGAAUGAACAGACCCCGCACCUAAACAGUGAGAAAACACUUUCACUGGAAUUAACUGAGUACCUACCGAAGCGAUAGUUGAUACCAUGAUGAUAAAAAUAGUACAUCGGACCUAGCUCUGGUAACUCGGUUUUCAGGCAGAAGUGGUGAGUCGAACUUCAAAAUACCAAUGUUUGUAUAUAGCUAUAUAAAAAGAAAAUAUACUAAUAUUUAAACCAAAGACCAUUAGAGCUCUACUUUAUUCAAACCUCAUUUACUCUACGUCUAAGUGAUCAGGAGUACUCGAUAGGCGCUUCUACUUGCUUGUCAUUUCCUGUCCAGGAAUUUAUAGCCUGCUCGCUAAUAAGACCGCGGAAGGCGGUUGCUGUCAAAAUAACAGUGAAAGUCCGGUCAAAGUAAACUUCAACAUACAUUUCUGAUAUUUUUGAACCCUUGAUUAACAGAAAAUGCCGCAUAGCUUUCUACGAUUUUUUUUUAAUGCUAACGUUAAAAAUCAUUGGAAUAAUGCCAUUCAAAAUUUUACCUAGAGGUGAGUCCAACACUUUUUAUACAAACUAGUCCCAAUAGUUUCCUGUUUAAAAUACUAACUGGAGAUAUUAUUUGCAUGGUUAUAUUAAGAUACGACAUUUUUAACUUCGAUAACCAUUUCUGACUGAAAACUGAGGUUCUAGGUCUAGGCCUAAUGGACGUUUAUGGAUCGUCAAUCGAGCGAGCAAAAUAAAAUGUAUGUGGGGUCUUUGAAAAUACAAUCAUGUAGUAAAUAGUACUCGUAAUGUGUAUUGCCAAUAUGUAAAACAGCGAAGUUGCUUUUAUGAAAUUUGGUUUGCGGAAUUGUAGUGAGGUCAGCAUAAGUGAUAUUCACACACAUUUUUUCGUACCAAUCACUGACUAAUUUUAUAAGAUACAGCUUCGCCACCCUGUAUCUCUGUACGUAUUAUGUUUAUAGAUAGUUUUUGUUCUUUUCAAUAUGGAUAUCGCAUUGGGAGUAGCCCUACAGAGUUUGUCCGGAAAGUAAGGAGCUCCCUGGAACUUAGUCGAGGAAACAAAAAGAAGUCCGCUGGGGCCAGAUCGUUACUGUAUUGUGGCUGACAAAGGCGUAUGGGACGGUGCGUUGUCGUGGUGCAGUUUCCAUGACGACCGAAUUUCUCUUCGGAUGCGGGCGACCCUGUGGUUCGGUCUUUGAAGAACUUCGUUGUAAAAUUGAGCAUUGACGGUCUGGCCAGGGGGUACAAACUCGUGGUGCUCGAUUUCCUUAGCAUCGAAGAAGAUAAUGUCCAUGGAUUUCACCUUGGACUUGCUCAUUCGAGCUUUUUUUGGGCGCCGCGACGCGGACGUGUGCCAUUCCGCACUCUGCCUCUUUGUCUCCGGGUCGUACUCGUCUAGUAAGUUUGGAUCAUCCGCUCACAGCUGUUUCAGUUCCUCACACACAGCCACACGACGGUAAUUUUUGAACGUCGGUCAAAAGUCUGGGCACAAAUUUUACGCCUGGCUAAGUCUUCCGACACAAUUUCGUGAAUAGUUGGUCUUUGGCAAGUGCAAAAGGUCAGCAAUCAAGCGGACACUCAAUCGACGGUCUGUGCUGAGAAUUUAUCCCACACGGGUCACAUUGUCCUCUGUCCGCGAUAUCGAUGGACGUGCUGAACGCGUUUCGUCAUCGACCUCCUCCCGCCCUUCCCGGAACGACUUGUGCCACUUUUACUUGUGUAUAUGACAGGCAGGCAUCCCCAAACGCGGUUUGCAGCAAAUCCGAUGUCUCCUUCGAUGUUUUGUUUAGUUAACUCGCUUAUCUUUGCUCUAAAGUUUUUUCCAUCGUAACUUUGACGAUGUCGCAAAACAAGGGCUCACAAAAAGCAGCGUACGCACCCUCCAACAGCUUGGAAGCAACUGACAAGUGUACCGCUGAAGGUUCCCAACAACGAUACACAUACACUGAAGAUAGGAUAUUGCGCAUGUGGGCGGAGCUUCGUGACGUCACCCGGAGAGUUAUCGGCUCGUGGUUACCAGCGGCAGGAUUGUCGUAACGUUACUGCAGUUCACGUGUAUCGUGAUUAAUACUAUAUAGUGCGAUUUGUUGUUGUUUUUUGGUGGUUUUGUGACUUGUUGUAUUAGUUAUACAUACCUUCUAUACCCUGUGUGGUUGAUAAAUUGAUAAAAAUGCGGUGUGCUGUUGUGGGAUGUAAUUCCGACAAUCAGUCAAAACGGAAUCUUUGCAAAGACACGAAGUUCCACAGUUUUCCUCAAGACCCAAACUUUAGUAAAAAAAUGGCUACAUCUCACAAAAAGAUAAGACAAAGUCAAUGUAAAAAGCGCUAGGGUUUGCUAGAAAAUGCUUUAGAGGAUCUGAACCGACGCUUCAGCGUCCAAUACCUGUUAACAUGACGUCUUAAUCAAGAUGUGAUAGAAAACUUUUUCGGAGUAAUUAGGACAAAAGAUGGUCUUCAUGACCAUACAAGUCCUCUAGAGUUUAAGUAUAGAAUAAGGUCAUAUAUGUUGGGACGAAACGAAGGUGCAUACUCAGAGUACCUAUUGCAGCGUAGAGUCAUAGAUAGAGGAUACUCCAGACAUUCCACUAACCACUAACCGCAUCAUUAACGAGAAUAAACUGAAUGCACGCGAAGUAUCAGCUGACUAUACCGAGCAAGUUUUAGUGGAAGAAAUAGAUGAGCUCGAGUAUGACGGGCUGGAAAAUUUGGCCGGUUUUGUUUACAAUAAAUUGCAGGAUGAGAGGUUGAAAAGUUCCUCAAAUGAAACUUAUUCGUGGAUAGACCAUCUUAGUGAGGGUGGAUUAUCAAAACCUUCCGCAACUUUCAUGAAUCAAAUUGAGAAGCUGAACAAGGUAGUCGCUACAUUCAAUGGGGACGAAAUAGUGACAAAAAAGCAAGAUUUUAUAGGUGAACUUCUGUUGAAGAGCAGCAACAUUGACUGCCCUGAAAAAGAUUAAAAACUGUUUUUCAGGUCAAGGGUGUGAAAAUCCGUCCAGCCGUUUGUCCUGUAGGUGAAAAUAUGCAAGUUAUCCAUAUCAACCCAAAUGAUAAUCACUCUCCGCGUGACGUCAUGCCAGCCGGCGGACGAAAAUCGAACAGCGAAGCAUACGGCCCUGUACGUUCCCACCACCCUUCCAUACUGGUCGCGUCGCGGCACGUUGCCUAGUCCCGUCACAAAUAAAUGAAGCUCAUUACUUUCCGGACAAACCCUGUAUAUAGUAUAAAAAUAUUUUGAUAUCUCUAAAUGGAAAGCACUUUGUUUUUAAGAAGGGCUUCGUACACAUCCACUAUCAGUAUUAUUUAUUUAUUUUGAAUUUUAUUUACUCUAGGUAUCUCGGUUAUGGGGUGGUCAUGUUUUGAGUGCUUCAGGUACUUUUACUAUUAAUGGAAGUCCAAAAUAAUAGUGUUUGAAAUAUCUGAAACAUUUAUAAGUUCAUGAACGUAUUUUUAGGCAGUGCUUGUCUACCACCAUGGAUACGGACGAAUUCUUUCCUUGCAGCUCUUGUAUUUUUAUUAUUUUUCAUAGGCAAUGUUACUAUCUCGAACUUCUCCUCUCCUGAUCAAACCAUUUUGACCUUUCGUGGUCGAACAUUUUAAGAUUCCGAGAUGUCAAGCACAACAAUCUUGAUACAAAUGAAUAAUAGGGACACAUACAGUUUUUGCCUAAAUUAUUGAAAAUAAUUAUAUUAGACCACAUAUAUAUUUAGAAAAAAGUCACUAUCAUCUCCGCAAAAAAUAUACUGGUUGCUCCAUUUAAAAAAAUGAUAAAGCUUCAUUCAGUAGCUUUUGAUUGAAACAACCUGUAUAUAAAAAAGACAACGCAUAAAACACUUUAUAAUAGUCCCCAAAACUUUUGUCUGAAACUGUUUCUUCUAAAUCGGCAUACAAAGAAGUUAGAGGUUGUCAUUUUAUAGCCGGACACUGCAGUCGCUAAGACGUUUUUCCCUUGUCGUUAUGCAAGGAUAUUUUUAGCAAACUAUAUUGGUACCUUUACUUAUUUCAAAGGAGUGGAAUUGUCUGUUUUUUUUUGUGAAUCUUUUAAUGUUUUAUUAUAUGAUGCUGCUAUAAUUUUUAAAAUGUAGGAUGAUUUAUGACAAGGCCUUGUAGGCAAAUAAUCGUUUUUGUUUUCAAUAAAACAUUUGUGUUCUUCGUUAUAACUGUUUUAUGAACAGUAUUUUUGUGUAAUGUUUGUUUUGUAUUCAAUGAAUAUAUUCGUAAGAAGCA